GAGGGGAAGUCUCCCAUGGCACCCACACCCCAGGUGUGGACCUGAGGGAGCUGCUGCCCUGAGUACAGGGGGGAUAGCCUUGACUUCUGGAGGGAGCCCCAAUUCAUGCUAAGGACAAGGGGGAGCAAGGUAUGGGGGAAAGCCUUCAAAAAGACACUCUGGGUAGGAGUGUAAACCCUCAAAUAAACAGAAAGUGUAAGAAUUCCUCGUGAAAUCAGAACUUGAAAGAAUUCAGCGCAGAUAAGCAUCCUGUGUCCCACUGCCUGACCGAAGGGUCUCACCUGUCCGCCUGAAUCUUCUUGAGGUUCUCUGGGGACAAUGCGCUCUGUUUUGUGGCAAUGGUGAAAAGGUAGUUGGCCCUCUUCAGCUCAUUGCCUGUGUCCUUCAGCUGCCGCCCAAGUUCUGCAAUCUUGCCCAGCUCAUUGGGGAUCUUGGCCUGACUCUCUGCCCGGGCGUCCAUCAGGUUCUUGUACCUCGUGCUCAGCUCCUUCUGGUUUGCAAGAACGCCCUGGAUCUCUGUAUCGUUAAGCUGAAGAGCAACAAAAAGAGAUCCUUGCAAAUAAGGGGCAGAAAAGAGAAAGAAGGAAAGCAGUCAUAGCUGUGGUUAAGUGAUCAGGAGGAAGCCUAAUAAUAAUAAUAAUAAUAAUAAUAAUAAUAAUAAUAAUAUAGUAUUAUUUAUAUGCCACCCAUCUGACUGGGUUGCCCAAGUGGUUCUCAUGCUUCCUCUCCUUGUUGGACUAGUUGCUGCAGGCAAACUGUGGGGAGAUCUUGCCUUCCUGCCCUCUUUCUGGGCUUGCCAGAAGCCACCAUUGAAAUUACCCAGAUGGAGCCUGGGUUUUGCUAAUCGAGACUCUUCUAGGUGUUCUGGAGCACAUAUUUCUCCUUUUCUCCUGCUUGGGGAUUUAGACAGCUGUGGGGAGGAAGGGACUUUCAGCCUUGGCAACUGAUCCAUGGGACAAAGAGCUACCAGGGAUGAGCUGCUGUGCUUGUUAGGCCUGACACUCCACCAAGAUCUCGUAUAAUGAGGGAAAUAUGGAGCAGGGCUUAAUCUGAUGAACACAGCCAGAACAUCUGUAACAUUCAGCAAUCAUGUGAUUCUGCCCUUGCAUGAAUGCACACCUGAAGCACGCCGAUUUGCAUGGGGAAAUGGAGCUGUCACUGGUUUGGAGGUGAGGUGAAAACUCCAUAGUAGAGUACAUCCUUUGCAGGACUGACAAGGCUGGUGAGACCUUGCCUCAAAGGCCCUCGAGAACUGUUGCCAGUCAAAGCAAAUCAGGGUUGGUGAGAGUUCUGAGGGCCAGACAGAAAACCCUGGAAGGCUGCAUUUGGCCCCCCAACCCUGAGGUUCUCAACCCCUGGAGUAGAUGGGACAGAGCAAGAGGCAUUAUUGGUCUGAGUCAAUAUUGCGAGCUUCAUAUUUUUUGUGAGUUAGCAGUUGAGAAAGAUGGCAAGGGCAAAGGAUAAGGCGGAAUGAAGCUUUGGGCUGCCCAAGAGCAGGAUGAGAUUAUCAUGGGAGAUUAACUUCGUAAGACUGAGAAGGAACAAAAGAAUAAAUAAAAAUAAUAGAGACAAGUCCAGAACGGUAGGAUGCUGGCUGGGCAAAAAUUAUCAGGCUGAUCCUGAUAAUAGUGGGGGCAGGGGAAAGAGUAUGAAUGCAUCCUCAGUUUCCCUCUCACAAGUCUGUGAUGUACUUACAUCGCUGACAUCUUUGCGGCCCUCAUAGGAAACUGGCAUGAUGAAGCCAAGAAUGGCAAGCUGGUCAACGCAGUCCUCCAGUAGAGCAGAAAAUCGCACCGCAUCCAGAGGCAGGAGCCUUGGUGUCUGGAUGGUCAAUUCCCUAGCCAAACAAGACAGUAUUCGCCAUUUAGAAUGCAAACAGAAUACUAGAAUGCAACCAUCCCCCAAACUGGUUGCUGCUGUGUGCAUGUGGGCCCUGAACGUUGCACCUUCAAGUUCCACUGCUAGCAUCAGCUAGAAAAGCCUCUCCCCAAGACUUGAAGAACAAGCCUGCUGCAUCAGGCCAGUGGCUGUCCAGUCCCAACAUCCUGUCCCCACCGUGGCCAACCAGACCCCUGUGGGAAGCCUGCAAACAGGACCUGAGCACAUGAGCCCUUUCUUCCUCCUGUGGCAUCCAGCGACUGGUAUUCAGCACUCCUGCCUCCAGCCAUGGCUGGUAGACCCUGAUAACCUUCAUUAAGUUAUCUAAUUCUCUUUUAAAGCUAUCCCAGUUAAUAGCUGUCACUGCCCUCUGAGUGAGUUCCAGUUGAACUAUGUGCUGCAUAAAUUACCUGCCCUGACUCUUCCGUUAAAAGGAUUCACAAGUUCUAGAGUUAUGAGCGAUGGCCGUGCAUACUUUUAUAUACCGUAUUUUUUGCUCCAUAUGACACACUUUUCCCCUCCUAAAAAGUAAGGGGAAAUGUGUGUGCGUCUUAUGGAGCGAAUGCAGGCAGGAGGCUCUGCUCAGUGCUCCCUUUAAAGAGCCGCGCAGAGUGUGUGUUUUUCUCUUACUGGUUUUUCCCUGAGGAGGGAGAAGGGACUGACGGGCUGCCCUCUGUCCCUUCCCACACCUCCCAGAAAAGCCAGCAAGAGCCGCUGCCAGGCUCUGCUCAGCGCUCCCUUGUAAGGGCUCCCUUUCGUCCCUCAUCCUGCUUUGCUGGGAAGCCAGCAGAAGAGGCGCUGUGCAGCUCUCGCUCUUGCUCUGCUGGCUUCACAGCGAAGCGGGAGGAGGGACGGAAGGGUUUAAAGCAAGAAAAGCGAAAGCCGCUUACAUGCUCUGUGCAGCUUAUUUUUAUUUUUUUGCUUUCCCCCUUUAAAAACUAGGUGCGUUUUAUGGUCAGGUACAUCUUAUGGAGCGAAAAAUACAGUACUUCUAUCAUGCCACCUCUCUUGCAUUUUCUAUAAACCAGAAAGUCCCAAUUGCUGCAGCCUUUCUUCAUAGGGGAGUCGCUCCAUCCCCAUGAUCAUUUUGGAGGACCUUUUUGAACUUUUUCUACAAUAUCCUUUUUGAGGAAGAACUGCACACCGUAUUCCUAGUGUGCACGCCAAGACCAGGACCUUGCACUUAGCCUGGUAGCUAAUUGGCAGCUCGUUGCAAAGACGAUCUAAAAGUAACUGAUUAUAUAUACAUCAGGAUGAGAAGAGCUUUUGGGAAUGCAGAACGUUGGGUAGGCGGAGGCUCAUAUGGGAAAGUAUUAUAACCACACAAGAGAAUCCUUAUUCUCGUCUCUGGAAUGUUGGAGGGGUUGGCUGGCGUUCAAGAUUAAACAGGCAUUAAGUCGUUUUAAUUUAACUGGGUGUUUUGUUUUCAUUAUGCAUAAGUUUUGCUUUAUGCUUAAUGGUUGCCAUCCACACCGAGCCCUCUGGAAAAGGGGGAUAGGGAUUAAACGAAGAAACUCUCUACUUGGGAUGCUCUGCUGACUUUUGCUGGCAAAACUUGGGUCUUCUUUCUGCCAUGCAAAUCAUGUCUUUGUUUUUUUUGUUCCAGUGAUACUAAUUCCAAGACCAGAAAAACUGGAAGCACUUCAAUUUAACCCACAGUGCCCUCUUUGGGGAAACAGAGAGAUUAACAGGGUCUCAAAGUUGAUAUACCACUUCUAAGCGGUUUAUGAAAUUAUAAAAUAAAACAAUCAGUAAAAAAUGUUUAAAAACAUUCCAACAUGUCUGGAUAGGUCACAAGUUCACUAACAAGUUUUAAGGGGCUAUAUGUGAGUUUAUAGAACAUAGCAGGCACACAUUCAGUUGGGAAUGUACUAAAAAUGAUAAAGAGCAAAACAUUUUCUUUCUUUUAUUAUCGAAACAAAUAUCGUGGAGCACCUAGCUGAGCAGGAUAAAAUGGAACUGUGAGAAGAAUCCUGCUGGAUCAGACCAAAAUCCCAUUUAGUCCAGCAUCCUGUUCUCAUAGGGGCUAACCAGAUCCCUGUGGGAAACCAGGGAGCAGGACGUGUGUGCAUAUUAAUAAAAUACAAUUAUUAUAUGAUAUAAUAUAUUAUUAAUAUAAUUUUAUUUAAAAUACAUGUGUCCCACUCCCAGUUCCAGUACAAGAGAUGGCUCACAAAAAUGUCUAAAAACAGCAACAAGACACACGCCAGAAAGAGCCCUUUGCCAAGUUCAUGUCUCAGAUGCCCCUCGUGAAGAAGAAUAUUAACAGGAAGGAUUCGAAAGCUGCGGGACCAAAGAUUCUUAGAAGAUUGGAGUAAGUAUAUGAAUUAUUUGAAAAGCAAUUAUAAUGAACAGAUUACGCUAGUAGAAGAAAUUCUGUAAGGAGGAUUAUCUGAAAUACUGCAAGAAAGACUAUGAAGAGAAUUAUUCGUUAAUGAUAAUUAAGAGUAAUAGAGAAAUUAAGAAAUGCAGAAUAAAGAACGGAAAAUAAUCAGAGGUGGUUGACGGAAGUCUAAAAUAUUGUAUAAGAAGUUAUGUUAAAUGAAUGUUGGAAAUGAUAUGUAUAAAAAAACUAAUUAAAAUGUAUGAAAAAGAAAAAGCAGUUGUCUGUGGCAGACGAUGCCAUUCCAGCAGCCCGGAUGCCACCCACCCCCCAAAUCCCCGGGGGGAACUUCCUAGGCAAUGGCGAAUUAAGUGCUGCUGAACCCAAUUCGGCAUCGCUGACACGAAGGAUUCUUCGAUUCUGAGAUCCCCGUACUGAAAAGGGGGUUGGGCUAGAUGACCUUUGGGGGUCCCUUCCUACUUAAUAAGUAACCAGCGACCUCUUCACUUUUCAAAUUGCCCAUUGGGCAUGGCGCCCACCCCGAGGAAGCGCUCCGUGGGGCUCCCACCCCCGCGGCCUCCGCGCUCCGCCCCGCCAGGCCUCCCUUCACACGAGACACUCACCCGGCGGCCUCCAUGGCGGGACCCGGAGUGGUCGCCAUGGUUACCCCUCAAGCGGCAGGAGAGGUCCUCGCCGGGAAGGGCUGGCCUAGUUGACGCCUGCCAGGAUGGGUUUUUUUUAAAGAUUUUGGGCUUGUAGCGCGGCGCAGGAGCAGAAAAAACGCCUAGCCCACAAACAAAGCGAACCAAUCAGUUUUUUGUCCCAAGAGACUCGCCGAAAAGCCCGACCUGGAGCGAUUUCAGACAGGCAAGCGGCGUAGACGCCUCAACAGACGCCGGCAGGGGGGUCCUCGCGCUCCCCUAUCCCAGCUCGCCCCGCGGCUCCGCUCGCUCUUUCUCGCCGCCAUCUUGGCUGGGAGCUGCUGAGGUGAGAGCGGGGAAGGGGCUCUGGGGGCGGGCGAGGCGGCGGAGGGCGGCGAAGAAGCGGCUCCAGAGGCGGGCGGGCAGGCGCCGCGAGGGCCGGCGGGCCGGCCUAGGUGGGCGCAGCGGGGUACGGCGGCGGGAUGGCUCGGAUACGGGAUGGAUGGCGCCGGGGCCCUGAGUUCGGGCCUUGGCCGAUGCCGCCACAGGGACUCUCAGAAGGCCCCAGCGCUGCCCCUUUCAUUGCUUCGGGGGGAGCUCUUCAGUCGGAGGCCAGGCAGCCCCAGGCGCCUCGAGUGCGCGUCUCCGGGGGGGAAUGGUGGGCUGGCCUUUGGCUUAGAAUCCCUUUGAUUCCCUCCCCCUCUUUCUUUUCCCUUUCUCCUCCUGUGAAGAGGCUGCAUCCUAAUGUUUUAAUGUUGUAUUUUAAUUUUAUUUUAAUCAACUAGUUUUUAUUAUUGGUUGUUAGCCGCCCUGAGCCCGGUCUUGGCUGGGGAGAGCGGGGUAUAAAUUAUUAUUAUUAUUAUUAUUAUUAAGGUGAAGCGGUGCCUUAAGGUUGAGCCCUGCAGUGUAGGAUCAAACCGCCACCUGCCCAGCCACGUACCCCGGGGGGAGGGGGCACAGGGCAGGGAGACCCUCGCAGAUUCUCCUUAGCAGCAUUUUAUGGGGGUACACUGUCCCUGAUCAUGGAGGCUGCAUUUCGCUGCUGUGCCUGAUAGGUUCAUCAGUCGCUAUCCUCUGUUGUUGUUUUUUGCAAUUCCGUUGAGCUGAGUUUUCAGUUGAUGUGUCUUUUAAGAAAAGACUUCCUUUUGUUUUGGGCUCAUCAAGGUGGGUUAAGCUUAAAUCUUGCAGGUGCCUAGAUCCUCCAGCUCUUUGAAGCAUUGUUCAGGGCAAGUAUGGUAUUCGAAGCUGAAAAGAUGUUUUGCAGGCCAACAGCGUAGCCCAGUGAUGUAGCACAUGCUUUGGAGGUAGGAAAGAGGAGGCCCUUUGGAUUUGAUCCAUAGCAUCACCAGCGAAAUGGAUAUUGAGUGGGAGGGCUAGGAAAGAGACCUGCCUCUGGGACCUUCGAGAACUGCUGCUGCUGCCUGCUCAAGAGUAGACAAUGCUGUAGCUUUUCGGAACAAAUGAUAAUUACCAGUUCACACAAUGUAUUCCUGCCAACCUUGACGCCCAUUUCACAUGUCUUGCAAAGACCUCUCCUCUGCGGAUUUGGCACAGUGUGGUGUUAAUUUAUGGAAUUCUUUGCCACAUGGCCACAGUGGCUGUUAGUUUAGGUGUCUUUAAAGGGAGAGCCAUCUAGCAUAUUGAAAAAGCAGUUAGUGAGCUAUUAGCAGCGAUGAUCACUAAACUUUGCCUUAAGCUGUGUGUACUGUGCUAGGGAGCUAAUGCUUUUUCAUGGCAGUAUCUGGCUAGCCACUGUUGGAAACAAGAUGCUGGACCAAGUGCACAUUGCACUGAUCUCUCAGGGUUGGUGUAGUGGAAAUUGUAAUGCUUGUUUGCUCAUAGGUUUUUAGUGGCCUUAAUUAUUCUUAGAACACGUGUGCAAGGUGUCUUACAGAUCUUUUAUGAUGGUGUUUAGUAGGGAGGGAACAAUGAACUCAAAGCAUUUAGACCCCAGAACACAGACAUUUGCUGGAUGGAGUGAAGUCAUCUGCAAAGUUCACCUUGAUGGUUGAAGACCUGGGUUAUCUUGGAUGUUCUUUCUUCUCUGUUCUUGCUUCAGGAAGUCUAGAAUUGCCCACCCCACACCUGUUUGUGAUUGGGCUGGUGUUUAGCAUAUCCCAGCUGACUGCUCCUUCUGUUCCUUUCCUUUCUUAGGCCUGCUGGGAACAGGACUUCAAGACAACACCAUGACUGGCAGGUAGGAAACUGUUCUUUGGCAAUUCUUGCAGUUCCUCUGCUGCCUUUACAACUUCUCACGUGUGUGUUAUCUUUAUUAUGCUAGUUUUCACUCUGUCACACAGAUUAGUGCUUCUACUUAAAAAUAUCAAAAGGAUUGCCUUAAAUAGUCUGGUCCCAUAGAAGCACCUAUAGUUUUCUUGCAUAUUUGAUGUCUGUAGCAGACUUUCUGUAAUACUGAAGUAGAUAUGCUAUGCAGUCUUGUUUUGUGAUGCAGUACACUGUAAAGCCUUAAGAUUUAACUUUGUGUGCACUUUCUUCCCUAGGUUGUGGUCCAAGGCCACUUUUGCUGGCUACAAGCGAGGUCUUCGAAACCAGAGAGAGCACACAGCUCUUCUGAAAAUUGAGGGAGUUUAUUCCCGUAAUGAGACAGAAUUCUAUUUGGGCAAGAAAUGCGCCUAUGUGUACAAAGCAAAAAAGUGAGUGGUCGUUGAUAAUGGGGACUAGUGCUUUACACUUGGAUCUUUUGUAUAUUCUCAUGAGCGUGUUGAAGAACUGAAACCAUUUUGAAAUUGUUUUCAUUUUAUGCCAUACUACACAAAUUUGCGGCAAAGUGGCCUCAGAUACUGCUGUGUGAAUAAUUGAACCAGGAGAGCCAAGACUUGGACCUGCUCAGAUUUCGGCUCAGCCAUAGGCAAAUAACUGACUGUACUCAUGCAGCAGUACUAAAACCAUAGUUUAGUGUGACAUGAACAAACAGGAAUGAGCAGCACCUCAGACUUGGAACUAGAACCCAGCGACAUCCAUUGAAACUGAUGAUAAUUGAGGAAAAGAAAGUACUUCCUCACAUACAAUGUAGAGUUCAGUAAUGGCAUUCGCUACCUCAGGCUGUAGUGGUGGCCACCAUAUUGGAUGACUCUAAAAGGGGAUUAGGCACUUUAAUCGAAGAGGAUAAGGCUUUCAUGCUUCCGACUAUCCCUCACUGGGGAACAAUAGCAGGAGAGAGCUAUUUCCCUCAUGUCUUGCUUACUGGUCAUUGUAGGAAACAGAAUGAUCCAGCAAGGUGCUUGGUUGGCAGAAGCUGGGACAGCAACGGGCACUCACCGCGUCGUGCAGAAGCCCAAGAGGUUGAGUGGUUUAGACCACAGCACCACGCGUGAUAAGAGGAGCUUAAUGGGACAGUUCAUAAUUUCAGGAGAUCCACCUGCUCACUCAUAUGUUCAUCGCUUUAUUGAGCAUAGCAUCAGGGGAUGACUUCACGUGUGAAUUAGUCAUCACUGAAAGAAGUGAAAACUUUCAUAUUGUCUCAUUAUCUAUCCUCACUGCUUUUCAGUGGGGAAUGUUCAGAUGUUCCAAGCUGUGUGUGUGUGUGAAUGUGAACAUUUUGGAGAGCACUCCUGCAUUUGGUCAGUAGUGGGACUUAAUGUUUAAUCUGUUUCCCUUUGUCAGCAACACCGUGACUCCCGGCGGCAAACCCAACCGGACCAGAGUGAUCUGGGGAAAGGUGACCCGUGCCCAUGGAAGCAGUGGCAUGGUGCGGGCAAAGUUCCGCUCCAACCUACCUGCCAAAGCCAUUGGACACAGGAUCCGAGUGGUAAGGAUGAGCAUUGCGAGUGCCCUUGACAGGCCAGAGGCGGAGAAAAUCUUUUCUAUAAGCUACCUUGAGGGUUUUUUAAAAAGAAAAUUUCUGAACUAAAAUUAACCGUGAGCAAAUUUUUGUGUGUCAGUAGCCUAACAGACACAUAUAUGUUAUCCAUAAACAGGCCCCUGUGUUGCAAUAUAGACAAGUUGAACCAUAUAACACAACACGAUGGCCAAUAACAAUGGCACUAAACAGUAUUUAUAGACUAAUGUAAAUGAUCAGAAAUUACCGUACAACCAGAGUCUCUAAAUCUUCUUCACCAGUCGUGGUAGAAUAAUUCAAAAGUUUGAUAUAUACAUAAUCUGUCACCAAAUAUCGCUGGAACAGUGUUUCCAGAUCUGUUUCAUUCAAUGUUUCAUCAGCCAAUGUAGAUCAAUUCUUCAUCAGCCAGACUUGUAAGAAUUAAUAUGAGAAGGAUACAGUGACUACAGAAUCAUAUGAGCACUGUUCCAGAGCAUAUUUUCUACAGUGUUUAUAUUUGCUUACAUGUAAGAUUGGCUUGUUAAGAAAUUGACCCUGUGGUAAGAGGCUCCCUGGUAUGACAAAGUUUUGUUGCCUCUUAGGAAUGUAAGCAGAAGUGUUUGGGCCAACACUACUCUCUGUUCUUGGGCAAAUAGGAGGGUUAUCACUUAGGGCUUGAAAAAAAUUGCAAAUCUUUCCAGUGUGUCCACAUAAAUGUAGAGCUUGUAAAUGUCUUGUCGAAAUCACUGGGAACAUUGAGUGAAAUCAAUCGUUGGCCGUGCUUUCAGUAGACUCCUUGAAAUCAGUGGAUUUGAGUAUAAGUUCAGUUAUUUCAGUGAGUCUACUCUGAGUAUGACUUAACUUUGAUAUCCCCAGUGCAUUUUUUUUGCACUUCUUGAGGAUCCUUCUUGUGUGAUUUAAAUAAUAUACAGAAAAUAUUUUUGGAUGUGGGUUUUGUUCCCUAGCGAGAUCUUCAUAGGGCAUGAUUUCUGUUCUUUUCCCUUCCGAAUGUGUAACUCUUUUUCUUUUCUUUUUUUACAGAUGCUGUAUCCAUCUAGAGUCUAAAUUUAGAGUGAAAAUAAAAUUAAGACUGUAUUCCACUUUUGUAUAUUUGGUCUUGCCUUGCCUUUUUGUUUCCUGUCCUCGAGGCUCAGUUGCAGGAAAACACUGUUCUACAACCAGAAGAUUCUUUGUUGUUUUUAAGGCAUUGAAGCAACAGAUUAUUUUAAAAACAAAGCUGUGGUCCAUGUUCCUGGCAGCAACUCAUUCCCAACAUCCCUGCUCCUCUUUUAUAGUAGUGAGGUUUUCUAAAAUGCUGUGACCUUACCGUUCAGUUGUUUAGCUCAAGUGGAGACUGAAACGUGGAUUUCUUCACCAGCCCUUCUUCACAUGUAACUGUCAGUUUAUAUAAAACUGAAGUCAUAAAUGUGUUUCCUUGUCC